AUACUUCUUUCACUCGACGUCUGGGUCAAUCUCUGACUGGUUCUGAACUUCCACUGCCAGUACCACAGUAACCAUGACAACUUCGGCUACUCACCAUAGCGGUUCCCGCCUGUUACUACUAGCAACACCAUUACGCUCCGCCCUAGCGCAUCUCCGGCCUGACGCUGGUCCCUAGGAGGCACCCAGAGACUGUCAGCGAUGCCUCUUCUGGUUAAUUGGCCUUUCCCUGCCCGGCCUUGCCUUUCCCGGCACGUGACUAGCACUGUUGUUAUGGGGCUUGUGGGUACCUACAGCUGGAUUUGGACCAAAUAUAUGAAUCGUCUCAGUGUGCACAACAAGGAGGUUCUUUAUGAGCUGAUUGAGAGACGCCGGCCGGACACGCCGCUCAUCACAAUAUCUAACCAUCAGUCAUGCAUGGAUGACCCCCAUCUUUGGGGAAUCCUCAAGUUAAAGCACCUGUGGAACUUGCACAGGAUGAGGUGGACUCCCACAGCAGCGGAUAUCUGCUUUACCCAAGAGCUUCACUCCUUGUUCUUCAGCCUGGGGAAAUGUGUACCUGUAUGUAGGGGGGACGGAGUAUAUCAAAAAGGCAUGGAUUUUAUCCUGGACAAGCUGAACUGUGGUGACUGGAUCCAUGUAUUUCCAGAGGGGAAAGUGAAUAUGUCCCAGGAAUGUGUGAGGCUGAAGUGGGGCAUUGGGCGCUUGAUAGCCGAAAGCUCACUGAAUCCCAUUAUACUUCCUCUCUGGCACGUGGGAAUGAAUGAUGUGCUUCCCAAUGAACCACCAUAUGUGCCCAGGUGGGGGCAGAGGGUCACUGUGCUUGUGGGAAGGCCCUUCAGUCUGGAGUCGGUGCUGAAAAAACUCCGAUCUGAGAACAGAUCAGCAGAGGAGAUGAGAAAGGAGCUGACGGAUUAUAUCCAGGUGGAGUUCCACAAGCUCAAGUCACCGGCUGAGACUUUGCACCAGUGUUCCCAGCAGCAGAGGUGACAGCAGAACUUCAGUUACAGGGUCCGACUCCUGCCUUAUUAUGGAUUCUGUGCUCCCAGAGUCCUUUGGGUCGCUGUCCAGCAACCUGCUGCUAUCUAAUGAGCCAUCCACCUGGUGUUGGGAAGGACCCUAAUACCCUAACGGACCCUAAUACCCUAACGGACAGCUACCCCAGUGAGUGCCCCCAACACUGCUUCCAGUCAUAUCUGAGGCUCCAGCCAAAUGUUACAUUUUUAUCAACAGGCAAAAUUAAGAGGUUUUUAACUAUUCUGAUGUCACAUUGCACAGAACUUACCCUUAACUAAUGAUUAUGGGGGAGUCUGGGCGCCCCAUAUCUAUCCCUCACAGCAGGCCAGUGUGUAAUGGCUCUUUAGCAUGUGCCCUUUGUAUGGAUUCCAUGAAUGAACUAUUUUAGGUGUGAGUUGGCCAGUAAUGUACAGAGUAUUUACAGUAAGUUAUUUUCAUUGGUCCUUAGCAACCCUCACAGGUUUGGGGGGUGGCUGAGCUUUUAUAUGUGUAUUUUAUACAAUAUGUUUUCCAAUAAAGAGACAUUGUCUGUGCUCUCA